AUGUUGUGGUUUGUUUGCGACUUCCGACAAAGUCGUUUGCGCAAACAUGUAGAUAAAUCCAAAAAGCAGGAUACUAGAAGUUUUGACCCGAAGAAGUUUUUCGUUGACUUGGCUACAGGUGGCACUGCUGCCGCAAUAUCAAAAACUGCAGUUGCACCCAUUGAGAGAGUGAAAAUUUUGCUGCAAGUACAAGACGCCCAAAAAACAAUUGCUGUUGAGAAGCGUUACAAGGGCAUACUAGAUGUGCUGAUUAGAGUUCCUCGAGAACAAGGCUUAACUGCUCUGUGGAGGGGUAACUUGGCUAAUGUAAUUCGGUAUUUCCCUACACAGGCUCUUAACUUCGCUUUCAAGGAUACAUUCAAAAAGAUGUUCAUGGGAGGGUUAGACAAGGAAAAACAGUUCUGGAAAUUCUUUGCGGGUAAUCUUGCAGCUGGUGGUGCUGCUGGUGCCGCAUCGAUGUGUGUUGUAUACCCCUUGGACUUUGCUCGAACACGACUCGCUGCUGACAUCGGCAAAGGUGAAAGUCGAGAAUUCAGAGGAUUGACAGAUUGUAUUGUGAAGGUUGCGAAAUCCGAUGGUAUAGUUGGAUUGUAUAGGGGUUUCCUGGUAUCAGUACAAGGAAUUAUUAUAUACCGUGCAGCUUACUUUGGUAUGUUUGAUACUGUUAAGAUAUUGGUAGCUAGUGAAAAGAAACUGAACUUCUUCUUCGCUUGGAUGAUUGCACAAGUGGUCACUGUAAGCUCUGGCAUAUUAUCAUAUCCUUGGGACACUGUACGCCGUCGAAUGAUGAUGCAAUCUGGACGUAAAGAUAUCCUAUACAAGAAUUCAUUGGACUGUGCUAUGAAAAUAAUUAGAACGGAAGGUCCCGCUGCAAUGUUCAAGGGCGCACUGUCAAAUGUUUUUCGAGGUACUGGUGGCGCACUAGUAUUAGCAAUUUACGAUGAAAUUCAGAAGUACCUGUGAAUUAAAUUUGAUGUUGGAUAAUUUUCUCGUUAAUGGUCCAUGAAAAUUUUUGGUAUAAGAUAGGAUUCGAUGUACU